AAAGCAUCCAUCAGAGCAACGUCAAAGAACCCACUAACUAGCAAGAAAGCUUUCCUUGUCACUUUCAACUGGAAUCUGGAUCCAAAAAUCCAUCUUGACCCAUCUCCUCUCGUCUCUUCUAUUGUUUGAUUGAUAGUACUAGUAAAAUCAUGACUGGCAGCAAAUUGAUUGUGGACAAGGCGCUCCGUGCCGCGACGCAUUUGGGUUCGUCCAAACUAUCCUCGGAAUUGUUGGCCAAAUCCAGCACCGCCUGGUUGUCGAGUGCCGCGGCCGGUGGUGUGGCAAAAUUGCCCGAUUUGCCGUACGACUACAAUGCGUUGGAACCUGCCAUUUCGGCCGAAACCAUGACAUUGCAUCACUCCAAGCAUCACAAUACGUACGUCACCAACCUCAAUGUCGCCAUGGAAAAACUCGAUGCCGCCGUCACGGCCGGAGACGCUUCGGCCAUUAUUGGACUCCAAGGCGCUCUCAAAUUCAACGGCGGUGGACAUAUUAAUCACACGCUCUUUUGGGAGAACCUCGGUCCCACCAGCUCAACUCCCAGUGGUUCACUCGCGGCAGCCAUUGACGAAAGUUUUGGUUCGUUCGAUGCCAUGAAAUCCGAAUUGUCCGCCAAGACCAUUGCCAUUCAAGGAUCGGGAUGGGGAUGGUUAGGCGUCAACACGGCCACGGGACGGUUGGAAGUCGCCACGUGUGCCAAUCAAGAUCCUCUGAAGGCCACUACGGGGCUGGUUCCCUUGGUCGGAAUUGAUGUCUGGGAACAUGCCUACUAUGUCGAUUAUCGCAAUGUCCGACCGGAUUAUGUUCAGAAAAUCUUUGAUAUCAUUAAUUGGAAUGUUGCUGGAGAACGUUUGGAUGCGGCCAAGUAAUUUUUAUUGAGAAUUUGGAAAAUGAAUGAAGGAGCGAGACUACUAGAGAAGAAGGAGAAGGAGUUGAAAUGGAAAGGAAAAUGGAUGUGGAGGAUGUCAUCGGAGAAAAUGAUAGUGCGGAGGGAAAUCGACAAAACUAGGAUCGAUCAUCCGUGGAAGACUUUACGUCGUGCGAUGGAUUCGUGAUGAAGAACUAACCCAGCGGAAACACACGAGUCCACAGUACAGUAUAUUGUAAAAGUCUAACAAGGAGACCAAAGAAAGACAAUGGACACUUCCAUUCUACUAGCUAGCCACGUUCGCCGUCACAAUCCUGCCAAUCGUUUCCCUCUCGAAAGUGUCAUGAAUACAGUACGGUACUACCGUAGUAGCCAAGAAACGUCAACUCCAUGUAUCUUCAGCGUGUUGUUGUUGGUCCUUGCCUUUCUCAGGUUCGAAACAAACCAUAUAAUCGAAGCAAUCGUCGUCGGACUCGACUCGCUAAAUCAAAUCCUUAGUAGUACGGGCAAGAAUCUCAUAAUUGUACUUGAAGCAAUUGUAAAUCGUCUCGGAAAAUAACCUUCGAAAUAGUCACAAU